AUGCUAUCAAAGAGCAAACACCCGGACAAGCUGGAGCAUGUGUGGGUUAAGUGGAGGAACGCCAUCGGAAGGAAGCUGCGGAAACAGUACAAGGAGCUCGUCAAUGUCAUCGGUUUCACCAACGGCAUUGGCCUCUGGCUGGAGAGCUACGAAGCGCUGGGCUCCCAAGACCAGCUGGCCGACAUCUGGUCACAGCUGAGGCCGCUUUACGAGGACCUGCAUGCCUACGUGCGGGGCCGACUGACGGCCAUGUAUGGAGAGGAUGUGGUUAGCCGGCAUGGACCUGUCCCCGCUCAUCUCCUGGGUAAGUCUUACCCGGGCAACAUGUGGGCACAAAACUGGACCAACAUCACCAACAUCAACGACAUCUGCAAGCCAUUUCCCGACAAGCUCGACGUGGACGUCACAGAGAAGAUGAAGGAAAAGGUGAAGAUAAAACAGUGCGCAGAAGUCAACGCCGAGUAUCUGAUCGUGACCCACCAUGAAAUGGGUCACGUCCAGUGCUAUCUGCAAUACAAGGAUCAGCCGAUCAUGUUCAGGGACGGAGCCAACAGCGUAUUCCACGAGGCGGUGGGCGUCACGCUAGUCCUCCCUGUCCAAAUACCCAAACACCUGAAGAAGACUGGGCUGUUGGAUGAGGAGGUCAACGACCCAGAGGGCAUCCGGCCACCUCAAGUGGGCUCAGAAGUGGACUUCGAUGCUGGAGCCGAAUACCACAUCCCAGGAAACAUGUCCUACAUCAGGUAUUUUGUCGCCUGUGUGAUCCAGUUCCAGUUCCACAAGGCGCAAUGCGAGGCGGCGGGUCAGUAUGACCCGACUGACCACACCCGUCCUCUGUACCGCUGCGACAUUUACGGCAGCACCAAGGCCGGCCAGCUGCUGAAGUGA